AUGUUUGUAAGAUUUAGUCCGGCUUCUUCUAUUAUACCGUCAAGAGCGUUGCUUUUACGGCAGUCGCGUUCGAUAGUACUAAAUGCUGAUUUAGCUGCAAAACUUGAAGAAUCUCAGCUUCAUCCUGUAAUUGUGAUUGGAGGAGGCCAUGCUGGCUGUGAGGCUGCUACGGGCUCUGCGAGAUCAAACACCGCUACUACACUAAUAACGCCUGACACAAGAAAAAUAGGUACCGCCUCGUGCAAUCCCUCGAUGGGAGGAGUGGGCAAAGGAACACUACUACGAGAAGUGGAUGCAUUAGAUGGAGUUAGUGCUCGAAUAACUGAUAAAGCCGGUAUACAUUUUCGAGUAUUGAACGCCUCAAAAGGUGCUGCAGUACACGGUCCGCGUGCUCAGAUAGAUAGAAAAAUCUACUUGAAUGAGAUGCAGCGCGAAAUUUGCAAUUACCAGAAUUUGUCCAUUAUAGAGAGCCAAGUUGAGGAUAUAAUUGUUGAGCCUAAGAUAUCAAAAUCAAAAGAUCAAUCUGGCCGUGGUUCAGGAACCGUAAGGGGCGUUAUACUAGAUGACGGUAGGGUCUUAAGAUGUAGCAAAGUUGUUGUUACCACAGGGACGUUUUUGGGCGGAGAAAUCCAUAUUGGAUUGAAAGCAUUUCCAUCGGGGAGAAUGGGAGAAAAAGCUACAUUUGGAUUGUCCAAGACAUUUCGCGAAGCGGGAUUUAGAUUAGGCAGACUAAAGACCGGAACUCCGCCAAGAUUGUCGGCAAGGACUAUAGACUAUACUAACUUGGCUGAGCAGAAAUCUGAUUUCCCACCACAACCGAUGUCAUACAUGACCGAUAAAGUUGAUCUUGAAGAGCACUUGGUCAAGUGCCAUCAGACUAGAACAACUCCCGAGUUUCACGAUUUGGUUGCUAAGAAUUUAGAAAAAUCGAUACACAUUAGAGAAACGGUGAAGGGACCUCGAUAUUGCCCUAGUAUAGAGUCCAAAGUUAUCAAGUUUCCUCAUAAACAGUCUCAUACUGUUUGGCUUGAGCCAGAAGGUCUAGACACUGAUUUGGUUUACCCAAAUGGUAUAUCUUGCACAAUGCCUGAGGACAUUCAGGAAAUGCUUGUGAAAAUGAUGCCUGGUUGUGAAAAUGUUAAGAUGAUUCAACCAGGGUAUGGAGUGGAAUACGAUUACGUGGAUCCAAGAGAGUUGACAAACACUUUGGAAACAAAACUUAUUGAUGGGUUAUAUUUAGCGGGACAGAUAAACGGAACAACUGGAUAUGAAGAGGCUGCGGCGCAGGGUUGUGUAGCAGGAAUCAAUGCGGGUCUCUCUUACCAGGGGAAGCAAGUAUUGGAGUUGAAGAGGUCAGACGGGUACAUGGGAGUAUUGAUUGAUGAUUUGAUUACUAAAGGAGUUGAAGAGCCUUAUAGGAUGUUCACAUCACGAUCAGAGUUCCGCGUAUCUUUGAGAUCUGAUAAUGCAGAUAGAAGGCUAACUGAGCUUGGUUACAAUAUGGGAGUAGUAGGAGAAUCGAGAUAUAGACAUUUUACAAAGGAGAUGAAACAAUUUGAGGAAAUCAAAGAGCAUUUACAGAACUUGAGACUUUUAGGGGCAGAUUGGUCCCCUGCAGUAACUCGCUAUCCAUCAGUGUUGAACCACAGCACUCGAGUUGAUGGAUGGAAGUUGUUAUCGUACAGAGGAGUCUCAGUUUCAGACUUGUUGCCUCAUAUGGCAAUCUUCACCAACAACAAGAUUCCGUCUUGUUACAAUCAUCUUACAAACAGAUUGAAGAACCGAAUUGAUGUUGAAAGUGAUUACGAACCUUUUAUGUCUAAAGAAAAUGCUCAUUUAAAUGCAUAUAAUGCCGAUGAAAAUUUACUAUUACCAACCAACUUUACCUACACCAAUACAGGGAAUUUGAAAAUCUCAUAUGAAGCUUGUUCUAUCUUGAAUACUAUUCAGCCAAAGACAAUUGGUCAAGCUAGAAGAAUCCAGGGGAUCAACCCAACUGCAAUUUUUGAGUUGUUGAAACUAGUAAGAAGCCCACAAAGAUACUCAGCUACGAUCAACUAG